CACGAAAACACCUUGAAAUGGGAAACGGCGUUUAAAGCUGGGGUUGCAAAUACAGGUAGAUAGAGAAGCUGAAGAAGCAAAUAGCAGAGGCAGCAGAUGCAGUGCCCCUCCUGACACUCUCCCCAUAACCUACACUCCCACAUAAAUACACACCAAAAUCCUAUCUGUAAAAAUCUUUAAUUUUUGUUUUUUGGGUAUGUGUGAAAAAAUGACAAAAAAUAUAGCAGCUAUUUAUUGAACCCAAUUUUCCCAUUUCACUCUUCACUCUUUCUCUAUCUCUCUCUCUCUCUCUCUCUCUCUCUUUUUAUCUUCAAUCAAUUCCCGAUCUUUCUUUUGUAGCUGAAAAAGAUUUGCAUCUAUAAAUUAUUUUAACUAUUUUCUUGUGGGGUUGCUCUUUUGGGAAGUGUUAGUGGUUAUGGCGAUUGCAGCAGCAGCUGUUAUCGUUCCAUUGGGUGUUCUCUUCUUCAUUUCCGGUCUUGUUAUCAAUCUUAUUCAGGCUACUUGCUUUGUCCUUGUACGGCCAAUUUCGAAGAGCACAUACAGGAGGCUUAAUAGAAUCGUUGCAGAGCUUUUAUGGCUGGAACUCGUGUGGAUUGUUGAUUGGUGGGCUGGUGUAAAGAUUAAAGUAUAUAUGGACCCAAAAGAAUUUAAUUUAAUGGGUAAAGAACAUGCUCUUGUCAUUGCAAAUCACAGAAGUGACAUAGAUUGGCUUGUAGGUUGGAUCUUAGCUCAGCGAUCUGGUUGCCUUGGUAGCUCAUUAGCUGUAAUGAAGAAAUCAUCAAAACUCCUUCCAGUAAUUGGUUGGUCCAUGUGGUUCUCCGAGUAUCUUUUCCUUGAAAGAAGCUGGGCCAAGGAUGAAAGAACAUUGAAGUCAGGUCUUCAACGGCUAAGUGAUUAUCCUUUGCCUUUCUGGCUGGCACUUUUUGUUGAAGGCACCCGCUUUACACAAGCAAAGCUUUUGGCUGCUCAAGAAUAUGCUACUUCAGCUGGGUUACCUGUUCCAAGGAAUGUAUUGAUUCCUCGCACUAAGGGUUUCGUUACUGCAGUAAGUCAUAUGCGCUCAUUUGUUCCAGCUAUUUAUGAUGCAACAAUUUGCAUCCCCAAAAGUUCACCUGCACCUACAAUGCUGAGACUCUUCAAGGGGCAGCCUUCUGUGGUGCAUGUGCACCUCAAGCGGCAUGAGAUGAAGGAUAUGCCUGAAAAUGAUGAGGCCAUUGCCCAAUGGUGCAGAGAUGUCUUUGUGGCCAAGGACAAGUUAUUGGAUAAGCAUAUUGCUGAAGACACUUUCGGGGAAGAACAGCUGCAAGACAUUGGCCGCCCAGUGAAAUCUCUUGUGGUUGUUGCAUCUUGGGCAUGCAUUCUUAUCUUAGGAACCAUAAAAUUUUUACAAGCAACUGCCUUAUUGUCGUCAUGGAAGGGUGUUGCAGUUUCAGCUGCUCUCAUGGCUGUUGUUACAGUUCUUAUGCAAAUUUUGAUCAAUUUCUCCAAGUCCGAACGCUCUACAGCUGCCAAGGUUGCACCAGCAAAGGAAAAGAAUGUGAAUCAGCCUACAGGGAAUGGGCAGGAAAAAAAGGACUAAUUAAGUGAUGAUAUGUGAUUUUCAUCCGAGAUAGCGAAUGAUCCAUCCCUCAAUUUGUAGCCUUAAUCACGAGAAUUAGAAGAUGAUGUUUGUGUUAAUAUAGUUACUUGCUUGUCUAUUUUAUAAACGUGUAAUUUUGGCCACAGUGAACGAAAUUUGUGCUCGUCUUUGUAUCUUUAAGAUGCAGUCAAUAGAUUAAUUGUUAUUCACUCAAGUCCACAAUGUUGGUAAACUGCAUAGCUUUAUGCUGGCAUAGUAGUUGAAUUGUGUCUGUUAUCGGUGUCCUAUCAUUAACUGGGAAGUGAUGAGCCACAUGAAUUGUAUCCUUAUUUUUGUUU